GGAGAAAAAAAAAUGGAUAAGAUUUUGAUAAAAUUUUUCACAUUUUGGCUCUUCGUUGCAGGCACCUGCUCGGCCGUCAAUAUCACCGAUCUGCGCGUGCCAGCAACGCAUGUCGUCAACGGUGAUCCCUUGAUGCUGGACUGUGUGUAUGAAUUGGCACCGGAUGAGACAAAAUUGGUGGUGAAGUGGCUGCUGAACGAGCAACAAGUGUAUCAGUGGAUUCCAGGAUCUCGACCAUAUUCGCUAAACGUAAUGCGGAAUCGUAUUGAUGAGAAGCACGAGGCUUCUACGGAACCCGAAAAGGCUCAUAGGGCUCUCGUGAUUGCCAAACCCACAUGGAAUAUGUCUGGGGAGUACACAUGCGUUGUGGAUUCUUUCCAGAGCAGUGCCAGAAAAUCUUCCAUUUUGCAGAUUGUCGUACCGCCAGAGGAACUUUCCAUCAGGGAGAAGAAAGAGGCAGAAACUGAGAAUGAAGAGGAGGCGGAAGUCACUUGUGAAGCUGAUGAUGCAUAUCCUGAACCUCAGCUUAGCCUUCAAUUCCGAAACGGCGAAACUAUCCGGAGAACAUAUGGAAAUGUCAGGCGAACCGACAAAGGACUCUAUGAUGUGUCUGUCGUGGGGAAAAUUUCCAGGAUGAAACUUGAUACACCUACUCCAGUGGACUGCAUUCUUACAAUUCCUGGUACAGAUUUCAGUCUCAAGCGAUCAACUGUCGUUCUAGCGGGUCAUACUACGACUACGGCAAAGAAUGCUGAUUACGGAGAUGAUUUUAGAGAAGAAUCUUACGAUGAUUCGAGUUCGUACAUUUCAACUAUUAGUCUUCAAUUAAUCUUCAGUGCCUUUGCUUUUAUUUGUAUUUGUUCUAUUUUUUAAAGAAUAAAUAGUCUAACUUUACAUGUUA